AUGUCCACCGCAUCUCCAACCUCAGUAACUGCGACGCCGAGUCCCUGUCUCGCACCAAGCCUAUUGCUGGGAUCCGGAAGAUUGAGGCGGCGAGGCGGAGGUAAAUCGAGGACGGAGCUCAAGCAACUGGUCGACAAUAGGUAUCGCGACCUGAUCGACUCUGCCGACUCCAUCGUUGGCAUGAAGGCCUCCUGCAACGACACCUCUAGCAACAUCACCGCCGUGCACGGUCGCAUCCGCUCCAUCUCCAACAACAUCGCCGAUUCUGAUGACCAGAACAAGAAGUUCCUCUCAAAUUUCGCCAUGCUCCAACACUGGUGCCAGAUUGUUGAGAGUUUCAGGGCGCAGAUCUCCCAGCGCAGCCGCGAUCGGUUGCUCGAUCGCGACCUCGCCAUUGUCGCUUACUCCGACGCGCUUGUCGCUUACUCCGACGCGCUUACCGCCGUCGCCGUCAUCGACGAGCUCGAGCCUAAGCAGGUAUUGGGAUUGUUUUUGGAAUCGAGGAAGUCGUGGAUAUUGCAAGUUUUGGGGAAUUCUGGUCCUGGUGAUGCUUCCUCCUUGGUGGUUUCAGUAUUGUGCAAUGUGUUAGGUAUAAUUCAGGUUACUGUGGGUCAGGUGGGUAAGUUGUUUUUGCAGGUUUUGAAUGAUAUGCCCCUUUUUUACAAAGUCAUACUGGGAUCUCCUCCGGCAUCUCAGUUGUUUGGUGGGAUUCCCAAUCCUGACGAGGAAGUUAGGCUCUAGAAGUCAUUCAGAGAUAGACUGGAAUCGAUCAUGGUGAUGCUUGAUAAGCGUUACAUUGCUGAUACUUGUUUUGCUUGGUUGAGAGAGUGCUUGAGCAAGAUAAGUGGAAGAAAUUUGAUUGAUGUCAUUGGCAGUGGUUCUGCUGGGAAAACAUGCUCCCCGUCAAAGUCAUCGACGGACUUGUCACCCUCGCCACCGGCUGUCCUAACUAUCGCGGAGGAGUGUCUCCUGUAGUGCUGAUUCAAAAACUUGGGGGAGGUGAGGCUGGGGGAGGUGAGCUGUGAGGAGAGAGGAAAGUAGAGUUGAGGUUUAAAAGUAAAAAGGGUAAAAAGGUAAAAAGAAAAGGUUAUUAUUGUAAUAAAAAAAGGUUGGGAAGGUGGAGGAUGGAAAGGGGGAGGUGGAGGGAACAACACCCUUAGAGAUAUUGGUCUUGUGGCCCAUACUCUGUCCUGUGGCCCAAUUAUGUAAUUAGUUAUCGGGUGUUGUUCCCUCCACCUCCUCAUUUUUUUUUUACUUUUUUUAUAUUACUAAAAUAACCUCUUUUUCUUUUACUUUUUUAACCUUGUUUAAUUUAAGUAACCCUAGAUUUCACUUCCCAAUUUUCUAAUUCACUCAACUCACGGUAAGAGCAGUCCCACCUCCUCAUCACAUCCGUUUCCCCUUCUCCCUCACCCUAAAUCCUUUUCAUUUUUUUCUAAACUCUUACUCCCAAGUUUCCCAGUCCUCUCUUCUGUUUGUUUUUGGGCAUUUCGUGGUGGUGCGUUUUUGGUUUAUGCGGCGGUAUGGUGGGUGUGUGCAGCGGUGCGGCGGUGUGUUUCGUGGUUGGUGCGUUUCUGCCACUUGGUCUCGAGGUAUGAUUGAUGUGCAACCUCAAAGCAUGUUAUCAGCACGAGAUGGCAACCUCUUGAAGAAAUUACUAGGCAGUGAGGGUAGCUUGCUUCUGAACUUGGGGU